ACAAGAAAAAAUAAUUUGUCAUAAUACGCCAGCAGUACCGCACGUCAUUUCAAAAAUAGCCGGUAAAUAUUAAUUUCAAAGUAGUUUAGUAAAUUAUCGCAGAUUUUAAACGUUAAUAUUCAACAUGAGUGAUAUUAUAACAGUGAUAGCACCGGUUAACAUAGCUGUAAUAAAAUAUUGGGGCAAAAGGGACGAAGAUUUAAUAUUACCGUUAAAUGAUUCCGUUAGUGCUACUUUAGACACGAGUAUUAUGUGCGCAAAGACAUCAGUUUGCGCAAGAGCAGAUUUUAAUGAAGAUGCAAUAUGGUUGAAUGGGAAGAAGGAAUCUUUCGAUAGCCCGAGACUUCAAAACUGUCUUAGAGAAAUUAAGUUGCGAGCUGCCGCUGAAAAAAGUGUUAGUAAAGAUUUCUUACAGAGGAAAGUUCAUGUGUGUUCUGAAAAUAAUUUCCCUACUGCAGCUGGGUUAGCGUCGUCUGCUGCGGGCUAUGCCUGUCUCGUGACUGCCCUGGCGAAACUUUACAAGGUAAAGUCUGAUGUCAGUUCAAUUGCUAGGCUGGGCUCAGGCAGUGCUUGUAGGAGUGUAUACGGUGGCUUCGUCAGAUGGCACGCAGGCAUCAACCCAAAUGGAACAGAUUCUGUAGCAACUCAAAUUGUUGACUCUACACACUGGCCUGAAAUGCAUGCCCUCAUACUAGUUGUCGGUGACACUAAAAAGAAAACUAGUUCUACAGUUGGCAUGAGAAUAGCUACACAAACUUCUGAACUAUUAAAACAUAGGGUAAAGUAUUGUGUACCGGAGAGAACUGAGGAGAUCAUACAGGCAAUAAGGCAGAAAGAUUUCCCAAAGUUUGCAGAAAUUACUAUGAAGGACAGUAAUCAGUUCCACGCAGUCGCUUUAGAUUCCUAUCCUCCAUGCGUGUACAUGACUGAUGUAUCUCAUUUCAUUGUUGAUUUAAUUCAUAAAUACAAUACUGCCUCUGGAAGUGUAAAAGUGGCAUACACAUUUGAUGCCGGACCAAAUGCUUGUUUGUACCUACUUAAAGAUGAGGUACCCAAAGUAAUAUCUUUGAUAAAGCAUGUCUUUCCUUCAUCAAAGCCAGAAAGCUUUAUAACUGGUCUAAGUAGUGAUGAAGAGGCUUUAAGUCCAGCAUUGAUGAGUAUUUCUGAACCUCAGGUUCAGGAUUUGAUCAAAUAUGUGAUUCACACAAAAGUAGGUGAAGGGCCUACAGAAAUAACUGAUGGGUCACAUCUCUUGAAUGAGGCUGGAUUACCAAAGACUGAAUAGAUGAAAUCUUAUAUUCUUAGAAGCUAUUGACUACAGUUUGAAUACUAUCUCUACAUCAUGAAUAGAAUGAUCAAUAGGAUAAU